AUGGCUGGCGGUGCCCUACAGUUUGCACUCCAGAAGUUGGAUUCUUUGCUUGUGAAAGAACAACAAUUGUUGAGACGGGUAGACACAGGAGUCAAAGAUAUCAGAGAAGAGCUUGAGUGCAUAAAAUCAUUUUUGAGAGAGGCAGAUGCUAGAGAAGAUAGAGAUGGCAUGAAAACAUGGGUGAAUCAAGUACGAGAGAUUGCAUAUGAUAUUGAGGAUGUUCUUGAUGAGUUCAUGCUUCACUUUGACCAGCCUCAUGGGCAUGGAUUUGCUAGCUUCCUUCAUAGAGGUGUUCACUACAUCAAGCAUCUGGGUACCCGCCGCCGGAUAGCUACUGCAAUACAAGAAAUCAAAAUACAGGUCCAUAACAUCUCACAGAGAAAAGAUAUGUAUACUAUCAAGUUUAUUGACAAUGGAACUUCUAAUGCUGCUACAAAUAGAUUGCAUGAUCGUCACAUGGCUGCUCUUUUUAUUGAGGAAGCUGAACUAGUGGGCUUUGAAAAGCCCAAAGAGGAACUUAUUGGGUGGUUAGUAAAGGGAGAAUCACAGCGGAAGGUGAUUUCAGUAGUUGGCAUGGGUGGUUUGGGCAAAACUACUCUUGUCAGGAAAGUCUACGACCAUGAAAGAGUGAAGGGAUGGUUCAGUUGUCAUGCUUGGAUUACUGUGACACAAUUGUUCACCAUUGAUGAGCUCCUGAGAAGCAUCAUAAAUCAAUUCUGCAAGGAAAGAAAUGAAUUAUUUCCUGGAAGAAUUGAUGCAAUAGAAGGCAUUCAGCUGAUAGAGACACUUUGCCAUUUCCUACGGGAUAAAGGGUACGUGGUUGUUUUAGAUUAUCUAUGGCACAUACAAGAAUGGGAUCAUUUAAAAUAUGCAUUACCUGACAAUGAUUGUGGGAGUAGAGUUCUAGUUACAACACGAAUUACGGAUGUGGGUCUCUCAUGCCUUGAAACAUGUGGUCAUGUCUACAAUCUGGAACCACUACCUCCAGUAAAGGCUUGGUCUCUGUUAUGUAAAAAGGUUUUUCGAUCCACCCCACGGGGAGCGUGCCCUCCAGAGCUUGAAGAUAUUUUUAGGGAUAUUGUCAAAAUAUGUGAUGGAUUGCCUCUUGCAAUCGUGGAAAUAGCAGGUCUCCUGUCCAAAAGAGUCAUUUUCCCCAAGGAUUAUCCAGUCAAGUGUAUCACUUUGAUUCGACUGUGGAUGGCAAAAGGGUUUAUAGAAAGUGAGGAGGGGGAGACAAUGGAGAAGGUCGCAGUGGACUACCUCAACGACCUCAUUGAUCGAAACAUGGUUCAAGUGGCAGACUAUUAUGAUUAUGGAAGAAUACGAAGUUGUCAGGUACAUGAUCUUAUCCAUGAGAUUGUUCUUUUGAAAUCGAAGGAGGAGAAUUUCAGCACAUCUCUUUUCAGAAAGAAAACACAUAUACAUGGAAGGAUUCGACGCCUAUCAAUACAUAAUACUGGUAAAGAUGUUCUACAAGAUACAAGCUUGUCUCACCUUCGUGCUCUGUUCAUGUUUGGUGUUAAUGCCCUGUCAUUCUCUUCUAUGUGCAACCUAUUUUACAGCUUUAGAUUAUUGAAGGUCUUGGAUUUGGAAGGUGCACCAAUUGAAAGGUUUCCAAUAGAAUUCAGGAAGCUCCUCCACUUAAGGUACUUGAGUUUGCAAAAUACAAGGAUCAACAAACUGUCAAAAUCCUUGGGAAAGCUUGAGAACCUAGAAACCUUAGAUCUGAAGGGCACCUAUGUUUCUGAAUUGCUGACAAAGAUCCUCAAACUCCAAAGUUUAUGCCAUCUUCUUGCAUAUCACUAUUACACUGGUCGCCAUCCACCCUUCCAUUAUACAAAUGGUGUGAAGGUGCCUCAAGGAAUAGGCAGAUUAAGAGAUUUGCAGAAGCUCACAUAUAUAGAGGCAAAUCAAGAUAGUGGCAUAGUUAGAGAACUCAGAUACCUGACUCAACUAAGGAGGUUGGGCAUAGUGAAACUGAGAACAGAAGAUGGGAUAAGCCUUUGUGCUUCCAUUGAGAGAAUGAACAAGCUCCGCUCUAUCUCAGUGACAUCAAUUGGAAUGGAUGAGUUUCUUGACCUGCAAUAUUUAAAAUCUCCCCCAUCAGAUCUACAACAUCUAUAUUUGAGAGGACCCUUGCAGACUUUAGCAGAUUCGAUUUCCACUCUUCAAAACCUUGUUAGAAUGCGCCUAAGGCGGUCUAAAUUAAAAGAGGAUUCACUCGGAGUUCUUCAAGCUCUUCCAAAUCUGGUAGAACUCACACUUAUCCGUGCAUAUGAUGGUGUUAAAUUAUGUUGUCAAAAAGGAGGAUUUCAAAAGCUGAAAAUUUUGGAUUUAGAACAGCUGGAUAAUUUGAAUUAUGCAAUACUAGAUGGAGCAAUGCCAAAUCUUCAAAAGAUGUAUAUUAGGCAUUGUGUGCAGUUGAAGGUGGUGCCACUCGGAAUUGAGCAACUAAUAAACCUCAAAGAGCUCCACUUGGUUGAUAUGCCUGAAGUGUUUGUGCAAAGGCUACGGAGACAUGGAGGGGGAGAUAGACCAAAAGUGAAGCACAUUCCAGUAUACAUUCCAGUAGUGAGAUCUUACGAUCACGAAGAUCGGGCAUAUGAAGAACUUUAA